AUGUCUUGCAAGAAAAUCCGCAUGCUUCGCAUAGCUCAAGCUGAAUACAUGAUUGAAGCACUGAAAUUGGGUGAAAUUGAAACUGGCCAAGGAUUGAAUCAAGAGAUGGGCUUAGCAAGACCAGGUGAUACACGAUGGGGAUCUCAUUAUAGAACUGUUAUGCAUGUGAUUCAUUUGUAUCCUUCAAUCAAGAAAGUGCUUUUUAGACUUGGGAAAGAAGGUAAAGGGGCUGAGGCAUUAGGAGCUCAAACUAUGCUCAGAGUAUUUACCUCAUUUGAGUCUGUUUUUCUGCUCCACAUGAUGAAUGAAAUAUUUGGAUACACAAAUGACUUAUGCAAUGCUUUGCAAAAGAGGGAGCAAGAUAUUGUAAAUGCAAUGGAUCUUCUUGAGCUCACAAAGGUGGAAUUGGAUGUUUUGAGAAGAGAUGCUGGAUGGGAAGAAUUUCUUAAGAAUGUCACUUCUUUCUGUGAGAAGCACAAAGUUAAAGUUGUUGAUAUGGAUGGAAAGUAUAUUCCUAUUCAAAGAUCAGCUAAGUUCUACAGAGGUGCCACAAAUUACCACAGGUUUCAUGCUGAUAUGUUUUUGGGUGUCAUUGAUAGGCAACUUCAGGAGCUGAAUAACAGGUUUGAUGAGGUAAACACAGAGCUACUUAGAUGUAUGGCAGCAUUCAAUCCAGCUAAUUCUUUUUCUGCCUUUGAUAAUGAGAAGUUGGUUAAUCUUGCUGGGUUCUAUCCUCAUUACUUUGAUUUUCAAGAGAGGAACCAACUUCGUUUUCAACUACGCAACUAUAUUAAUGAUGUGAGGAAUGAUGAGAACUUUAAAAAUUUGAGAAGUCUAGCAGACUUGUCUAUGAUGCUAGUUAAAAGAGAUAUGGUUUCUCGGUAUGACAUUGUGUACAAACUUCUCAAAUUGGUUCUAGUUCUUCCUGUUGCAACUGCUGGUGUUGAGAGAAUUUUUUCUGCAAUGAACACUAUCAAAAACAAGUUAAGAAGCAAGAUGGGACAGGAUUUUUUGAAUAAUUGUUUGGCCACAUUCAUUGAAAGGGACUUCUUCUUGCAAGCGAAGGAUGAGGACAUCAUCAAUUAUUUUCAAGCUAUGAAGGACAGAAAAGUUAUCUUGUAA